AUGCAGUCAAACCUUCCGUCCUGGAAGGACUCUCCCUUCUCCAAGAAGCACAUCCAACUACCCUGGCGCUCAAUACAGUUGUUGGUGCCGCACCGACUACGCCGCAGGUUGCGGUCCAAACUGAGGAAUCGGGGGUCGCCUGCGUCCUCCAUAUCUGCUCUGCAGACCUCGUUUUCUCCUGCAGAUACUCUCAGGUCGCUGCAAAACCACAAAUGGACCGUCUAUGACUUUCAAUGGCUGUUCCUCGCCAUUGUAGGCAUUUUCUCUUUGUCCAUCAUCGAGUCACCCGGUCCUCUCGUCAAAAUUGCUGUCGCUACUACCCUCCUCACUUCCAUGAUCUUUCCCAUAACAAGACAAUUCUUUCGACCCUUUAUGCCCAUUGCAGCAUAUUUAAUAUGGUUCUAUGCAUGCAGAUUCAUCCCCUCCGAAUGGCGACCACCUAUCUGGGUCAAAGUCCUACCUGCCCUUGAGAACAUUCUCUAUGGCGCCAACCUAUCCAAUAUCCUCUCCGCACACAAAAGUACCGCCCUUGACUUGUUGGCAUGGUUUCCUUACGGUCUGGGUCAUUUCGGAGCUCCCUUUGUUUGCUCCGCCAUCAUGUUCGUCUACGCCCCCCCUACCACCGUCACGGUCUUUGGUUUCAGCUUCGGAUACAUGAAUUUGAUCGGUGUUAUUACCCAAGUCUUAUUCCCUUGUUCUCCGCCGUGGUACGAAAACAUGUAUGGCUUGGCUCCUGCGAAUUACUCGAUGAAGGGUUCCCCAGCUGGCCUGGCCCGCAUCGAUGCUUUGCUCGGUUUCGACAUGUAUACCUCCGGUUUUACAGCAUCUCCGAUGGUCUUCGGUGCAUUCCCAUCCCUUCAUGCCGCCACCUCUACCCUCGAGGCUCUUUUCAUGAGCCAUUGCUUCCCUAAGCUUACCCCUCUGUUCGCCUUUUAUGCCAUGUGGUUAUGGUGGGCCACAAUGUACCUCUCUCAUCAUUACGCUGUGGAUCUCGUUGCCGGAAGCAUGUUGGCCGGUAUCAUCUUCUAUUUCGCGAAGUCCAAGUUCCUUCCCCGACUACAACCGGAUAAGAAUUACCGCUGGGAUUACGACUUCAUCGAGGUUGGCGAGCACCACAAUGACUAUGAGUAUGGACUAGCUGGGCUCGAUGGUGAUGUCCCUGAUAGCGAUGAAUGGACCAUCGGCUCAUCCUCCUCAAUUUCUUCCGGCUCAUUAAGUCCCACAGAAGAAAAUCAAAAUCUCUGGACUGAAGCCUACUCUAACCACGAGAGAUAA